AUGAUGACGGCCAUGUCAAUUCUACUAGUCACCAUCUUAUUCUUUUGUCCCAUGACGAAAUCAAAAUUCCCGACACGUGAUCCAGAUUGUGAUUUAAAUAUUACACAAUUAAUUCAAAGUAAAGGUUAUCCAUGCGAGGAACACAAAGUAACAACCGCCGACGGUUACAUUCUUGGUGUUUUUCGUAUUCCACAUGCCCGAAAUGCAUCUUCAACAACACCAGGCCGACCUGUUCUUCUUCAACACGGCCUUCUGGACGCAGCAGUGACAUGGGUCAUGAAUCUUCCAGAUCAAAGUCUUGGUUAUAUUCUUGCUGAUGCUGGCUAUGACGUAUGGCUUGGUAAUAUGCGUGGAAAUUAUUAUUCACGUGCUCAUGUAAAAUACAAUCCUGAUCAUGAUGAAGCAUUUUGGGAUUUCAGUUGGGAUGAUAUGGCACGAGAUGAUCUUCCAUCGAUGAUUUAUUACAUUUUGAAUGUUACACAACAGACACAAAUCGGCUAUGUAGGUCAUUCACAAGGUACAUUGAUUGCAUUUGCUGAGUUCGGUCGUCCAAAUAGUGUUCUACAAAAUAGUGUUAGUUUUUAUGCUGCAUUAGCUCCAGUUGCUCAUUUAGGACAUAUAAAAUCUCCAAUAAAAUAUUUAUCAUCCACAUCAAAAGAAUUAGAAUUGUACUGGCAUUUAUUAUUCGGUCGAAAUGAGUUCCUUCCGUCAUCGUAUCUAACUAAAUGGCUCGGCACAUUUGCUUGUGGAGAAUUUGUAAUUGAUCGAUUGCUAUGCCAGAAUAUUUUAUUUGUUUUGUGUGGACCAGAAAAUAAGAAUAUGAAUAAUACACGCAUGCCUGUUUAUCUUUCACAUGAACCUGACGGAACAUCAGUGAAGAAUAUGAUUCAUUAUGCACAAAGUGUACAGACAAAUAUAUUUCGAGCAUAUGAUUAUGGAUCACCACAAAAAAAUCAAUUACAUUACAAUCAAACUACACCACCAGAAUAUAAUAUUCGUGCAGUGAAAACACCAACAGCAAUAUUUUGGUCAUCAGAUGACUGGCUUGCCGAUGCAACUGAUGUUUCUUAUAUUUUUGAUAAUUUACCAAAUAUAGUAUAUGAAAAAUAUGUUCCAGAUUAUAAUCAUUUAGAUUUUGUUUGGGCAAUAUCAGCUAAUAAAUUUGUUUAUUCCGAUUUACUCAAUGUAAUGCAAAAAUAUUAUCCAUUUAAUUAA